AUGCCUCGGCUAAGCGCCUUGCUUUCAAUAGGCAUCGCUUUCUCCGUGGGAACGCUGCUUGGCAUGUACGUCCAGCUCCCCAACACAGCCAACCACGAUGGGUGGAAUGUACAAGUAGACGUGGAGAGGCGACGCGCCGACGAGAGCCCGUUUUUAAGCCUUAAUGUUCGGGAUCGCCGCGCAAUACGCAAGCCGUCGGCCAUAUUCGAGUCAUCGGAGCAGGCUUUUAGCGAGAGAGUAGACAAUGGACCCAAAGCUAACAUCAUAGAUAAAACACUUGAACGCGAACUAGUCGACAAACAAGAAAAGUUACAAGUGAACAAAUUGACACAGGAGUUUACACGAGAUAGUUCGACGGCGACGCGAGGUAGACAUCGAGCGAAAAGCGAUCCAAAUCGCCACCGUGCCAGUGAUAGGCAACACUACAACGCAAUACAUCGAUCAAAAGAACUAACGACUGCCAUACAUAAUACAACGCAACAAGGUUUACAAAACAUGUCCGUUCAACAAUCACAUGCUUGGAACGGAUCGAAUAUCAUCUCAAAUGGUAUUUUUUGGAAUGCCUAUUUGGAUAACUUCACUCCGAAAGGGUUCUCCCAAAAACAUGUUAAAAACUGGAUGAAUUUCGCGAGGCGAUCCGCCGUGGUUAAAAUGCAGGAAGGAUGCGGUCGUAUGCAGAACAGACUUCUGAGUUUCGCCAACGGAACGCUGACUUGUUGUCGUUACCGACAAAACAUGGACCAGCUGCAGGGGGAGGUGUUCUCCUACUAUUUAUCGCGGAUUUUAGGGAUUUACAAUGUCCCGCCUUCGGUGUUAAGCGUUGUUCGGGGCAGUGACUGGCAGUGGCAAUGGAGACAAGACAAACUUGUUAUCCUCACAGAAUGGGUGGACCACCUAUCACCGGCGUACAUUCCAAAACAAUUUCGGGAAGAGGAUCGAAAAUUGCACCCAUGGAACGAAUUUAUUAUGGACAGCCCGACUCAUAAUUUGGAGAAAAAUGAAAACGAUGGAACUCUUGUGUUCUACGAUAACGAAUCCGGCCUCCUACAUAGUUAUCGUCUACUGGAAAAAUACGCACAUUUUCACGACUCACUGCUAAAUUCGUUAUGUAUAUUCCGGAAAUCCACGUCGGACGCCAUCGCCAGACUUUACCAACAGAAAAGCGUUGGCGAUGAACUGUGGAAUUUAUUCCAGGCGGAGGAGCCGUUAUUCCGGGAACUUCCUAAAUUACCGAAGGGUAACGUAGAAACACUUAACAAACGAAUAGGUGACGUUUACCAACAGAUACAGAGAUGUGAACAAAUAUACACAAAACACUGACUCGUCCCAGGGCUAAGGAAAAACUGUAAAAUUUUACUUAAAAAUCUGUGCAAUCUCCAACAAGUCAAAAUUUAUUUACAAAUAUUUAAUUUUUUUAACAAUAUUGCCGGCAAUCAUAUCAAAAUGACUAUAAAACUUUGAAAGAUGUAUUUAUUUAUUGUUGUUAUUAUUAUUAUUGUUUUAGCUGCAGAACAAAUUAAUAUUCUAGGAUUUGAAAAUACCUAUUAUAAAGUGACGAAACAAAAAUGGAGAAUGUAUUACCCGGCUCCAAAAUUUCACAUAAAUGGUUUGACAUGAAUCUCUCUGUUUGAAUGUGAUAUUUUAGUCACGGUGGGAAAUCAAAUACAAUCGGUCACAUUUAGGUUUUUUACAUCAAUUGUGUGCCGUUUUCAUAACACUGUCAUAUAGGAGAAUAUUAAUCACGUGCUUUCAGUAAUUAUCGGUGCAAAUUUCAAUCAACUCGGUGUAAUUCGUCUCUGCCUCUUGUUGACCUUUUAUUUGGAUAUCAUCAGUUUCCAAGGACAUGUCGAGUUUACGUCAAAGGGCGGUGUGUACAUAAUACGUGUAUUUGCAUUCACCCAAAAAAUAUCACAAAUAAUAAUAUUGGCGAGCUUCAAAGAAGCAUUUAAAUCUGUUUCCCAAAACCAGAGAGAGAGGGAGGUUUGAAUAACCCGGCGGCCAUCUUGGAAAAUAGCUUUUAAAUUAAUUUAACAACAACACCGAUGUGAAAAUCCAUUGUUUCGUUCAACCUUUUUUUUUACUCAUCCACUGUUAAUGUCGCCCACUUUUCACGACAUAGAUUAUUGGCAUGGGUCACAAAUUCGAAUAUUUCAAUGUACAGAACAAAUGUAUACCCGAUAUUAAAAUUAAACCCAGAUACGAACU